AUGCCUCCACGCGGACCAAUAGGGAGGUGCGAGACCCGCCCCACCGAUUACAAGGCUGCCACGACGUGGGCGUCGUGGCCACGCGUCGCUCUAGCGGUCGAUGACGAGGACGCGGAGGAGGAGGGGGGGGAGGAGGAGGAGGAGGAGGAGGAGGAGGAGGAGGAGGAGGAGGAGGAAAGCGAUGACGAAAACGACGACCGUCCACCUCGUAGCUCUAAUCCGCGCACCUUGGACGAACGACUCAGGCGGGAACUGCAAUUCAUCGACAUACUGCUCGACCAGGACGAGGACGAGGACCAGGAGAACUUGGCGGUGCCGCGCGAACAGUGGAGAGCGGCAGACUUCGUCGAGGAGGACAUGCACGCUGAGGCAGUACACCUCGUGGAUCUAUCACUACAAGAGGUGGGCGGCGAAGAUGUUGAAGCAAAUUCGCAACAAGCUUCCGCAGGAGUACAGGCUUAA